UCCAAAAAAGCUUCAGAUCGAUCACCACAAUUUUCACAAAAAAUUAAGUCGAUCGUCACCAUAGCGUUUCUCUAAUCAUCAAAUACACGAUCGAAGCUGUGCAAACUGAGAAUUAGUUGAUCAAUCGAAUCUUCAGAAUCGCCACUGGAAAAACUCAACAACAUCUUCGUUCCUCAUACAAACUUUCCUGCAGAAAAAAGCAACAAAACAGCUCCAACAAACACUCAAUUUCUCCAAAGAAGCUAAGAAAACAGAGGUAAUUUCUCUAUAAAACAGAGGUAAUUAAAGGAUUAUCCUAACAUACAUUUGUAAUUUUUCAACAGAAAAGUUAAUAUUACAUUUAUACCUCAUUAUGCACAUUCAACUAGACAUGUUCUAUUCCUUUUUCUGAAAAUCUUUACAUUGUUAAUCUCAGACAAAUGGAAUUGAUGACAUUGGUGCUUUACUACAAUGGUAAAAUUGUGGAUAAAUGCAUAUACACUGAUUAUGAAGUCACAGGGAUACUAUUACCAAAAAGUUUCUCAUACAAUGACCUACAAACCAAAAUUUGUAGUGAGUUAGACUUGAACAACAAGACACUAAUCAGUAUGGAAAUCCAGUUUCAAAUACGACCAACUAUACCACCAAUGAAGAUCAAGGAUGACAGUGGCUGCAGAUUCUAUGAGCAAAUAAGGAAAAAAAAUGAUGAUGAGGCUGCAUACCCAUUACUCAUUAACUUUUCAGUGUCUUCAGACCCCAACCAAAGUCUAUCAGACCAACAAUUAUCAUGCAUUCCCCACUCAACUCAAAUAGACAGCAAUGCUGAACCGUAUGUACAAGAAACAGAAGAGUUACCUACAACAGCUCAACUUGCACAAACAAUUGCAGAAUAUAUAACAGACCAAGUUGAAAAAGCAACCAACACAAGCUGGGAGAACACAUCAAACAUAAUUACUGAUCCAAGGGUUGAAAGCGUACAAAUUGGACAGCUUUAUAAAGACAAAGACACAAUGAAACUCGCCAUAAGCCUCUAUGCCAUAAAAAUGAAUCAACAAUACAAGGUAAAAAGGUCAUCAUCCAAGGACUACAGCCUAAUAUGUGUUGACAGUAACUGCAAAUGGUACUUCCUAGCAUCAAAACAUGGCAAAACCGACAUGUUUAAGGUCAGAAAACUCAAUGACACUCAUACAUGCUCCCUAGAAAUCAUUUAUGAAGACCAUCCUCAAGCAACAAGUGACAUAAUUGCUGAUUGCAUCAAACGAAGGAUCAUAAACCCCAAAAGAAACUACAAACCAAAUGACAUUGUUGAAGACAUAGCAGAAGAUUACAGUAUCUCCAUCUCCUACCACAAAGCAUGGAGAGCAAAAGAAAAAGCUACUUUCGACGUUAAAGGAAGCCCAUAUGAUUCAUACAAUGAAAUCCCUGGCUUCCUAUACAUGAUUCAAAAAUGCAACCCAGGAACAAUAACAGAUCUUGUACAAGAUGAUGAGGGGAGAUUCAAAUACUGUUUCUUUGCAUUAGCAUCUUCUAUCAAAGGCUGGAAUCACUGCACACCAAUAAUAGUUGUGGAUGCAACUUUUUUGAAGAAUGCAUAUGGAGGUACUCUUAUAGUUGCUAAUGCACAAGAUGCUGACAGACAUAUAUUUCCACUAGCUUUUGCAAUAGUCGAUUCAGAAAAUGAUGCGUCAUGGCAAUACUUCAUGGAUAAACUCAAACAAACAUAUGGGGAACGGGAAGAGCAAUGCAUAAUUUCAGAUAGACAUGAAAGUAUCGCGAAAUCAGUGAAAAUGGUAUUUCCCAACUUGAUGCAUGGGGUAUGUUGCUUCCAUCUAUUCCAAAAUAUAAAAUCAAGAUUUAGAAAAGGAGGAGAUGAGCUGAGAGAUGCAUUCUAUCAGGCAAAAGCAUAUAAUCUUGCUGAUUUUGAAGGAUUCAUGAAAGAAAUAGACAUCAUAGACAACCGAAUUCGUCCUUACUUGACAAAUGAAGUUGGCCUCAAUAAAUGGACAAGGGUUUAUAGCACAAACAAGCGUUACUCAACAAUGACCUCAAAUAUAUCCGAAUCCGUGAAUUCAGCCUUGAAAGAAGUAAGAGAGUUACCCAUUGGCACACUACUAGAAUGUCUACGCUGCUUGGUUCAAAGAUGGACUUGGACAAACAAAAAUAGAGCUCUUGCUACACUCACAACACUAGCAAAAGGACCAGAAAAGGAACUCAAAGACAAAUUAGAUCGCAGUAAAAAAUUGCAGGUUGAAACAUCAAACCAUGCCAUAUAUACAGUCAAUGAGUUAAAAAGUUCGUACAUAGUAGACAUUCAAAAAAGACAUGCACAUGUCAAAGAUUCCAAUAUGACGAAAUGCCAUGUUCUCAUGCAAUGGCAGUAA